AAUUACCUAGUAGAGAACAUUAAAAUUUUCAAAUGAACCCAAAAACCUAAAACCCUAGAGAAAAAUCUGAGAAAGGGGUUUAGGAUCAGCAGAUGGAGGAGACACUACUGACACUGGAUCAGGAUACUACUUGUACAGCUUGGAAUUAUAGUGGGCAGAGACUAGCUGCUGGCUCCAUCAAUGGGACAUUAGCCAUUUACGAUUCAAAGGAUCCAGCUUCUUCAUCCUUCACCUGCACUUCCAGAUUUAAGGUGCAAGAAACAAGCAUUCUGAAAAUUGUCUGGGUUCCCCCAGAGUUUGGAGACGCAGUUGCCUGCAUUUGCUCUGAUGGAAGUUAUUCAUUGUGGGAAGAAGUUGUGGAAGAUGCUGAUAUUCUCCAGUGGAAGCUGUGCAAACGCUUUGACAGGAACUCAAGUCGAGUUUUAGACAUUCAAUUUGGAGUCUUUGCCACAUGUUUGAAAUUGGUUGCUGCAUACUCAGAUGGCCAAGUGAAAAUCUUUGAUCUCCUUGAUCCCCUGGAUUUGAUAAAUUGGCAACUUCAGGCUGAAUUUCAGAAUGUCAUUGAAUCUACAUCCAAAUUUGGUAGACCUUCGUGCUUGUCUGCAGCAAUGUGUUGGAAUCCUCAAAGGGGUGAACUCCAGCAGUCAAGCUUUGUUUUGGGUUUCAAUUCAGAUAUUCCGCAACUCAAUUCCUCUAAGGUUUGGGAAUUUGAUCAGGAUCACCAGAGAUGGCUACCUGUUGCUGAAUUAGCUUUGCCAGAAGAUAAGGGUGAUCAAGUUUUUGCUGUUGAAUGGGCACCAAAUAUUGGAAGGCCAUAUGAAGUGAUAGCAGUUGCAACUUGCAAGGGAAUUUCGAUGUGGCAUGUCGGAUCAAACCAUGAUCCUAAUGGGAGGCUCUCCGUGGAGAGGGUUGCCUUGCUCUCAGGUCAUAACGGCGAGGUUUGGCAGAUGGAGUGGGACAUAAGCGGAAUGACAUUGGCCACCACCGGCAGCGAUGGAGUUGUCAAGUUAUGGCAAUCUAACCUAAAUGGGGUUUGGCAUGAGCAGGCUCUAUUUGAGCCAACCAGUUAGAUUGCUUCACUGUUAUAGAUGCAGAAUUUGGGUUUGCUCGUCUUUCUGACUCCUCUUGGAUUGUAAUUCUUGGAUUCGAAUUGGAUUGGAGGCACUUGUGCUAAUAUUUGACUGUAAAAUUGCAAAUGUAGUUCUCACGACAGUUACAUGUGGCUCCACAAGAUGGUAAUUACAAGAGCGAUGAUAAUACCUUUAACCAGGCAACUGGAGAAGUUGGGACCAUUCUGCUUUGUCCACUAUAACGUGAUCUACUUGAUAUUGGGGAAGAGGAGACCGAUGGUCCUGAUGGAUUUGACGAAAUUCAGAAAAUUGGGAUUUUUUCCGCAAGUGAAAGGCCUUGAUUGACUUCAGGAUUUCUUACUUAUAAUUCUUUCCAUCUUAUCACUCAAUUCAAUCCACCCUCAAACUGGGAUAUAUAUGUUCGAAUACAAGGAGUCAAAGAUCUUUUAUUAGGCCAAGCCAAUGCAAAAAUAACGAUACUGGAAAAAAAAUUGGAGAUAGCAAAAGCGAGAAACAACAGAAGGUAGAACUCUUUACGCGGAAUGAAUCGUCUACUUUUGACUUUUGACUACUUGAAUCUUCUUACAAAAUUGUUGUUGUGAAUUUGUUUUGGAAUUUUGUCUUUAAAGAAGGAAAUGGCAAUUUCUUGA